AGUCCAAGCUCCAUUGCUGCAGUUCGCCUUCUGCCGCCUGCACACUCCAACACUCAGUACUCAGCACUCGAAGCUGCGGGGGGACAAGAUGUCCGCGUGGUGAUAGUACCCAAAGAGCGGGGUCUUCUCAGUCUUCUAUUCCCUUUUCCCUCUGCCGGACCCGUUGACUAGAUCUCCAGCCCGUUCAUAGGUUGCGGCCGCGCAAUCAACUUUCCACGAGAAUCAUGGGCGUGCCUAGGGAACCUUCUGAGCCUUCCAACCCCAGGGGUAGUGGAGCCCGCUUUGGUCAUGCUGUCAUUGUCUGCGCUGGUGUUGCAGCUUUGGCUGCCACUCUUGUUACUGUCUUCAAGAACUACCGAAAGCCCCUGUUGCAAAGAUAUGUAGUGCGGAUAUUGUUAAUGGUUCCAAUUUACUCGGCGUCUUCUUGGGCAAGUCUCAUAUCGCUGAAGGCUGCGUUUUGGAUUAGCCCUUUUCGUGACGUAUACGAGGCAUUCACUAUCUACACCUUCUUCCAACUCCUGAUCAACUUUAUCGGCGGAGAGCGCUCUUUGAUCAUUCUGAUGCACGGUCGGCCGCCCGUCUCCCACCUCUGGCCACUGAACCACGUCCUCCCCAAGGUCGACAUAUCGGAUCCGCAUACAUUUUUGGCUGUCAAGAGGGGGAUUCUGCAAUACACAUGGAUGAAGCCAAUACUAGCCGUUGCUGCUAUCAUCAUGAAGGCUACUGGCGUCUACAAAGAGGGAUACAUUGGAGUAACCUCUGGGUAUUUCUGGAGCGGUAUCAUAUACAACCUGAGCAUUACAGUCAGUCUAUACGCGCUUGCAAUGUUUUGGGUUUGCAUGGCUCAAGACUUGAAACCCUUCAGGCCGAUGCCGAAAUUUCUUUGCAUCAAAGGCAUCAUUUUCGCGUCGUAUUGGCAAGGAUUCUUCUUAUCUAUUCUCGUCUGGCUGCGCGCAAUUCCCAACGACGUUCCCGGAUACACACCUGACAAUCUAGCGGCUGCCAUCCAAGACGCACUGAUCUGCUUCGAGAUGCCAGUAUUUGCGGCGGCGCAUUGGUACGCGUUCUCCUGGCACGACUACGCAGACGACACGAUUUCGGCGGCUCGAAUGCCGGUUAAGUUUGCGCUCCGGGACGCUUUCGGGCCUAGGGAUCUUAUCGAGGACACGAAAGAGACGUUCGGCGGAGGACGUUACGAGUAUCGAGACUUCGAUGCCAACGAUAAUGUCCUGGGUCACGAAGAGUCGGCUUCUCGAGCUGCACGAAUGCGAGAAGGGAUGAGAUAUGAAAGAGGCGGAAAGGGGAAGUACUGGAUACCGAAGCCUGGCCAUGAACAUUCGCCUUUGCUAUCCAAAGUGACAUCGAGUCGGGCUCGUACCAUGAGUCCGGGAGCCAACAGGGCUCUCGAUGGAGCCAAAUAUGGCACAACGUCAAAUGACGAGGAUGAGCCCACACUAAACCCUGAAGACGAGCGAUUGUUUGAUAAUGCGCGGGCGUUGGAGUUUGGCGAUUGGAACUACCCUGUCAUCACUGCGCACACUGCCACGCGCGAGGAAAGACUGUAUGGAACGCCUAACAUCAUCACUGCAUCAACAAAUCGAAACCUGCUGCAGCCAACGCGCGAAAACCGGAAGCGGAGAAAGAGCAAGGUUCAGCAAAUUCAACACUCUAUAGGCAAAGGGAAACAUCGCAGCAGCACAGCCAGUGAGGAAGCGUCGAGCUCGAAGUCGCGAAAGCCUCUGUUGGGCCGGCACGAAUCAUCGUCGUCGAGCUCAGCGAAGUCGGACAAAAGCCAGCUCGUGGAUUUGGUGGUUGAGGAUCACGAGGCAGAGGAAGUAGAGCGUGUCCGAGCUCGCAAGGAAGGAGGCCCAGGGUGGAACGAGGUCGCCCCGAAGCAUUUUAUUCAUGCAUAUCCUGAAGAGGGUCAAGCAGAGGAGGUGCGGGAAGGGUUCGACCCAGAUAACCCCGAGCCCCAUAACCCGGAACAGGCGCACAACCUAGACUCUCCGUUCGCAGUGGGCGACGGCGACGAGGACGAGGACAGCGGCAAGGACAAGGCGCCGUUGGAGUCAGGCGAGGCUGCACGGUGGGAGCAUCGGGACUACGGCGACGACGACGAGGAUGCAGGUGGCGACGACGGCAAGGGCAGCCAGAGGGAUCGCAGUCCGCAGUACGGCAGCUUCCACGAGGAGCGCAACGCCUGGGGGUCCGAUCGGUGAUGCGACCCGUAUGAUGAGGGACGGCAGUGUCGGAGAUUUAUAAAUGUAUGGCGAUACUCGGGAUUUGGCGGGCAUCAUGGUGGUCGGAGCAGGCGUUUGAAACUUUUGAAACAGCAGUAUACCCUGUCGAGCCGUGUCGGCCUCAGAUGGCGUCGUGCCUG